ACAAGGAAACAGUUAAUCGAAAAGCACGAAUUCUUGUGAGCGGUAGAGCAGAGGCCUCCAUGUUUCCUUCUACUUCUAGAAUGACGAAGAAAAGGGACCGAGCGAGCAUUGAUACUGCGGUCGUCGAUAUCUGCCGCCGUGAGGUCGGCCGUCUUUCAACCCGAAAAUUCGUCAACCGGCUCGCCGCUUCAGAGGAUCUAGUCUUAAGACUUGAUCUUUUUAGGAAGCUGGAAAAACACCGAGGAUGUGUGAACACAGUGAGCUUCAAUGAAGAUGGAGAUAUUCUUGUGUCUGGUUCAGAUGACAGGAGAGUUAUACUUUGGGAUUGGCAAACUGGGAAUGUUAAACUCUCCUUUCAUUCAGGCCAUAAUAACAAUAUAUUACAAGCAAACAUCAUGCCAGGUACUGAUGAUAGAAGCAUUGUUACUUGUGCUGCUGAUGGCCAGGUAAGGAAUGCUAUGAUCCCAGAAAAUGGUGAAAUCGAGCCAAAAUUGCUUGGGAAACAUCAAGGUAGAGCUCAUAAACUAGCCAAUGAACCCGGGAGCCCACACAUCUUCUAUACAUGUGGCGAGGACGGAUUGGUCCAACAUUUUGAUCUAAGAUCCGGAGAUGCCACCGAGCUUUUCACUUGCCAACCAAUUCCCGAUAGAAGCUUUGUAGGAGUCGUGAACCUAAAUACCAUAGCAAUCGAUCCACGAAACCCUAAUUUAUUCGCGAUCGCGGGUUCCGAUGAAUACACGCGCUUAUAUGACAUCCGUAAAUACAAAUGGGACGGUUCUACCCCUUUCGGUAAACCCACCGACUACUUUUGCCCGCGACAUUUAAUCAACGAUGAAAACCUUGGAAUCACCGGAAUCGCGUUUUCCGAUCAAAGCGAACUCCUCGUAUCCUACUGCGACGACUUCAUCUACCUUUUCUCAAAAGACAUGGGUUUGGGCGGGGACAUAAAUGUAAUUUUGGAUAGUAGUAAUUCGUCUGAUUCCGAGAUGGAAAGUGAUGGGAAAGAUGGGCCGAGGGUUUUUAAAGGGCAUAGGAAUUGUGUGACGGUGAAGGGUGUUGGGUUUUUUGGACCGAAAUGUGAGUAUGUGGUGAGUGGGUCGGAUUGUGGGCGGAUGUUUAUUUGGAGGAAAAGUGAUAUGGUGUUGGUUAGGGUUUUGGAAGCAGAUAAACAAGUGGUGAAUUGUAUUGAAUCACAUCCGUAUAUAAGUAUGCUUGCGAGUAGUGGGAUUGAACGCGAUAUAAAGAUUUGGACACCGACCGCGGUUGAAAAAGCGAAUUUUCCGACGAAUGUUGAGAAGGUUUUUGAGUCACGUCGAUUUCGUUUCUUUCCCGAUUUCGCUGACGAAUCCGAUGACGAGUAUUACUCCAACGACUAUGUUGACGAUAGCUCUAGCAACUAUAGUGAUUCUGAUGACGUGGACGAUGAUUAUGAGGAUGAUGAUGAUGAGGAUGAAGAUGAUGACGAGGAUGAUGACGGUGGGGGUGGAGGUGAUGAGGACGAAGAAGUGUCGACACGGAUGAAUACGGGGAUUCGAUUGAUGAUUUUGGCGAUGAGGAAUAAUAAUGAAGUUGAGACCGAGGAACAGGUGGAUGUAUAGUACGGAUUCACCAAGGGACAUGAUGUUGCGAUUGCUUUCGAUGGGGGUGGGUCCCGAUUAUGAGAUGGGAAAUGGUGAAAGCUCGGAAGUAGGCCGUAAUCGUAACAUGCUUGAUUUUAUACUAACAUUUAAUGCUGAUAGUGGCUUUAAUCGUGAUCAUGAUGAUGAUGUUGAUGGAGACAAUUGAAGGUUUUGGUGGGUGGGUUUAUAAUGUUUUUGUUCGAAAUACCAACGCAAAUUGUACAUAGAAAGUUGAAGGGACUCUUGGAUAGAUAUCGGAGACCAU